AUGAAGAAGACCGGACGAAGGUCCAAUGAGGACACUUUAUUCGACAUUGACUUUUUGAACGACGAUUUUUCGCCCGGUUUUGAUGAACAUGGUUCGAACGCUAACAACACCAAUCCAUUCGAAUCCCAAGUUGUAGACUCAGAUUUUGACCUGUUGAACGAUCUACGGCAAGGCAUUGUACCGCAAGAAACAGUCAACUUAGGCCGGGGGUCUACAGAGUUGAGACACGGCGACAACAUAGAAAACGACGAAGUGGAAAACCCAUUUGUAGAUGAACCGUACGGUCAAUCGCUUGGGAACCAGCAACACAGCGUGAGUUUAGCAGCGCAAGGAGGAAGCUCUCGCUUCGGAAGGGCGUUUCGUAGGCUAAAAAAUGGUCUCAGCUUCGGUAACAAAGGAUCCAGCGAGUAUCAGGGCUUUGAAAUGCACAGCUACGACGACCUAGGCCAUGAAGAUAGAUACGCAAGGUCGAGAAACAAAUACGACAUCAAGGUUCUUUUCAACCGGUACAUUCUCAGGCGGCCAACCCAAGGUGCCGAUGCAGGCGCUCCAAGAAUAAUAUAUCUCAAUAAUCGCGAAGCCAAUGCAGCACAGGGUUUCAACGACAACCACAUAUCCACCACAAAGUACAACAUGGCAACCUUUUUACCCAAAUUUUUGUUUCAAGAGUUCUCCAAGUACGCCAAUCUUUUUUUCCUGUUCACCUCAGCAAUACAGCAAGUCCCAAAUGUGACGCCAACAAAUCGAUACACCACCAUCGGUACUUUGUUGAUCGUCCUGAUCGUGUCAGCAGUGAAGGAAAGCGUCGAAGAUUUGAAGCGUGCAGCUUCAGAUAGGGAGCUGAACGACUCUAGAGCCCAAGUGUUCUCCGAGCAGCUUCACGAUUUUAGUCCGAACAAGUGGGUAAACAUUUCCGUUGGUGACAUCAUUAGAGUAAAUUCUGAAGAGGCCAUACCUGCAGAUAUUAUUCUGAUAUCUUCUUCGGAGCCCGAGGGUUUGUGUUACAUCGAAACGGCUAACCUUGACGGCGAAACAAACCUUAAAAUAAAGCAGGCUCGUGUUGAAACCUCUAAGAACAUUGAAGCUUCCCAACUUGGUGCACUCACUGGUAAGGUCGUUUCUGAGCAGCCAAAUUCCAGUUUGUACACUUAUGAAGGAACACUAACCCUGAAGGGUAAAGACAUUCCUCUAACUCCAGAACAAUUGAUUCUAAGAGGGGCUACAUUGAGAAAUACAGCUUGGGUUUACGGAUUGGUCGUUUUCACAGGACAUGAAACUAAGCUUAUGCGCAAUGCAACAGCCACUCCAAUCAAACGAACUGCUGUUGAACGAGUGAUCAAUAUGCAAAUUCUCGCAUUGUUUGGGGUCUUGAUUGUCUUGGCGUUAAUCUCCUCGAUCGGGAAUGUUAUAAAAGUCACCAGCGAUGCCAAACACUUGACCUAUUUAUAUCUGGAGGGUACCAAUAAGGUUGGUCUUUUCUUCAAAGAUAUUCUCACUUACUGGAUUUUGUUUUCGAAUCUGGUUCCCAUUUCCUUGUUUGUCACUGUUGAGAUGAUCAAGUACUACCAGGCCUAUAUGAUCAGUUCCGAUCUUGAUCUUUACGACGAAAAGACAGAUACACCUACCGUUGUGCGCACCUCUUCAUUGGUAGAAGAGCUUGGUCAGAUCGAAUAUAUUUUCAGUGACAAAACCGGCACUCUUACUAGAAACGUCAUGGAGUUCAAGUCCUGCUCUAUUGCUGGAAAGUGUUACAUUGAGACCAUUCCGGAAGAAGGUAGCGCAAGAAUGGAAGACGGUAUAGAGGUGGGCUUUAGAAAGUUCGAAGAUAUGACGGCGAGAUUAGAAGAUGCGAGUGAUCCUGAGUCUCAAGUCCUUAAUGACUUUUUAACUUUGCUUGCGACUUGUCACACGGUUAUACCUGAAUUUCAAGAAAACGGAUCCAUCAAAUAUCAGGCCGCAUCUCCUGAUGAGGGCGCUUUGGUUGAGGGAGCUGCCAUGCUUGGGUAUAAAUUCAUUAUUCGUAAGCCAAACAGCGUUACCAUUGUGAUUGAAAAUAGCGGAAUUGAACAGGUUUACGAACUGCUCGACAUCUGUGAGUUUAACUCCACCAGAAAACGCAUGAGCGGUAUAUUCAGAAUGCCCGACGGCCAGAUCAAAUUAUUCUGUAAAGGAGCAGACACAGUAAUCUUGGAACGGCUGCGAGCAAAUAAUAAUCCCUAUGUGGAGGCUACGGUUCGCCAUUUGGAAGACUACGCGGCACAAGGUCUGCGUACAUUAUGUCUUGCAAUGCGAACCAUACCUGAGUCGGAAUAUGCCGAAUGGAAAGCCUUGUAUAACGAGGCAUCGACAACACUAGACGAUAGAGCCGCUAAGAUGGACCAGACAGCUGAAUUGAUCGAAAAGGACUUGUUCCUCAUUGGGGCAACUGCGAUUGAAGACAAACUCCAAGAUGGAGUUCCUGAGACUAUACACACUUUGCAGGAUGCAGGCAUUAAAAUUUGGGUUUUGACGGGUGAUAGACAGGAAACAGCCAUCAAUAUUGGGAUGAGCUGUCGGUUGCUGAGCGAAGAUAUGAAUCUUUUGAUCGUCAACGAGGAAACCAAAGAGGCAACCAGAAAGAACCUCUUGGAAAAACUGAGGGCCAUAGGAGAUCAUCAGAUUUCUCAACAGGAAAUAAACAGCCUGGCAUUGGUUAUUGACGGUAAGUCUUUAGGCUUUGCUUUAGAAAGUGACCUUGAAGAAUACCUGCUCGCUGUAGGAAAGAUCUGUAAAGCAGUCAUCUGCUGUCGGGUUUCUCCAUUGCAAAAAGCACUCGUGGUGAAAAUGGUGAAGCGUAGAACAGAGUCACUUUUGCUAGCGAUAGGUGACGGUGCGAAUGAUGUCAGUAUGAUCCAAGCGGCUCACAUAGGGGUCGGUAUCAGUGGAAUGGAGGGUAUGCAAGCUGCCCGAUCUGCGGAUUUUGCAAUUGGGCAGUUCAAAUUUGUGAAAAAGCUUCUUCUAGUCCAUGGAUCUUGGUCCUAUCAAAGAAUAUCGCAAGCCAUUCUUUAUUCAUUUUACAAGAAUAUUGCGCUAUACAUGACUCAAUUUUGGUAUGUGUUUGCCAACGCGUACUCCGGACAGUCAAUCAUGGAGUCCUGGACAAUGACAUUCUACAAUGUAUUUUUCACAGUACUGCCGCCUUUUGUGAUGGGGGUCUUUGACCAAUUUGUUAGUAGCCGUCUUUUGGACCGCUAUCCUCAAUUGUACAAACUGGGACAAAGAGGUCAGUUUUUCUCGGUUACAAUCUUUUGGGGCUGGGUUGCAAAUGGUUUCUAUCACUCGGCGGUAACAUUCUUGGGAUCGUACCUAAUCUAUGGACCUGGUAACGUUUUGAAGUCUCAUGGAGAAACUGCAGAUCAUUGGACAUGGGGCGUUGCUAUUUACACGUGUAGCAUCAUCAUUGUCAUCGGAAAAGCCGCUCUUGUUACCAACCAGUGGACAAAGUUCACAGCAUUUGCUAUUCCAGGUUCCUUGGCCUUUUGGUUGGUGUUCUUUCCGAUCUACGCUAGCAUAUUUCCACACGCAAACGUUUCACGAGAAUACUAUGGCAUUGUGCCCCACGUUUACGGAUCGGGAACCUUCUGGCUGAUGUGCAUCGUGCUGCCCUUCUUUGCCCUUCUGAGAGAUUUUGUCUGGAAAUACUACAAACGGACUUAUACCCCAGAAAGCUACCACGUCGUCCAGGAAAUGCAAAAAUACAACAUUGGAGACUACAGACCUCGCAUUGAGCAAUUCCAGAAAGCCAUACGAAGAGUAAGGCAAGUGCAGAGAAUGAAGAAGCAGCGUGGAUUUGCAUUUUCUCAGACUGAAUUUGGUGGGCAAGAUAAGGUCAUAAGGAUGUAUGACACGACGUUGAAGAGAGGUGUCCAUGGGGAGCUGCAAGAUGCUUCAGCAAAUCCAUUCCAUGACUAG